CGUUAAUUCACAGCCGUUAGUAAUUACUACCAUUACUUCAAAAAGUAGUUAUAGUAGUGCCCCACUAACUCAACAACAAAGUAACGGCGUAUAAACUCCGUCACCGUUAACCUGCUUCUUAUUGUUCCUCCUCUUCUCUCUUUUCCUCCACCCAUUUUCUGGGUUUUCAAUAUAUACAAUUUUCAACUUCAUAACAUUACUGGGCUACUCUUGAUUUUCUCUGUUAUUAACAAUUUCACAUAAAGUUUCAAUUUUUUUUCAAAAUGUGGGGUAGGUGGUGUUGUUCUAGUGGAGCUUUUAGGUCAUUGAGUAAAAGGGUAUCUUCUAUUGUUAAUCUAACACAUACUUAUGAGGAAAAGUUUCAUCCUUUUGGUCCUCCAUUGUUAGGUUUAAGGGGUGUAUGUAGUAAUAAUGGUGGAAGAGGAAAAGGGGUUGGAUAUUUGUCAGUUAUGUUGAAUCAGGUGAAAAGGGGUUUAUCAUUAUCAUCAUAUUCUACUGUGGUUGGUGGUAAUGGUAAUGGAAAAGAUGAAACUAUUUCAUUUUCUGAGGCUAAGAAGCUUAUGAGAUUGGUGAAUGUGGAAUCACUUAAGAUUAAACUUGGUAUGGAAGGGAAAGAAGUUAUUUCAUAUAAUGAACUUCUUCAAGCUUGUGAGAAUUGUGGUAUUGCUAGGAAUAAAGACGAGGCUGGGACGUUCGCAAAGGUUCUUGAUGAGGCUGGGGUUGUUUUACUCUUUAGGGACAAGGUUUAUCUGCAUCCUGAUAAGGUGGUGGAUCUGAUUCGAAGAGCUGUUCCACUGGCACUAACUUCUGAUGACGAUCCUAUGAGGGAGGAGUUAAAGGAACUACAAGACAAGAAAAAGGAAAUUGAUGUGUUGGCACAUAAACAGGUGCGACGCCUCCUUUGGUCUGGACUUGGAUUUGGUAUAUGUACUGUCGGGCUAUUCUUCCGGCUAACAUUUUGGGAAUUUUCAUGGGAUGUAAUGGAACCUAUUGCUUUUUUUGUGACCACAACCGGGUUAGUUACAGGUUAUGCCUACUUUUUAUUCACUUCAAGAGAUCCUACUUACCAAGACUUGUUGAAGAGGCUCUUUCUUUCAAGGCAGAGGAAGCUUUGUAAGAAACAUAAUUUUGAUGUUGAGAGAUUCAUGGAGCUCCAGUGCAAGUGCAAAACACAUUUACAUUCCAGUACUGUUUUGAAAAAUAGCAUAGGGGUUGAUCUUGAUCUUGAAGAUGCUUUACAUAGAGAUUAACAUUUUGAUGUUGAGAGAUUCAUGGAGCUCCAGUGCAAGUGCAAAAUACAUCUACAUUCUAGUACUGUUUUGAAAAAUAGCAUAGGGGUUAAUCUUGAUCAAGAAGAUGCUUUACCUAGAGAUUAACAUUUUUACUAAGAUAAUCUUGUUCCUCCCCUGCCUGUUUUAACAUUUGUGGGAGAAUGGUUAAUCUAACUAUAACUGUAGUUUUGGCUUAUUAGUUAAUAUAUACACACAUUUCCAUCA